CGCCGCUGGCAUAGAGGAGGAGGUGGUGGGUGCCUCUUCAAAACAGUAAACUGCUGCUUGCCUGCGAUUUGGUUUUCCUCUCAUACUGCUAAAAAGCAGCUGUUAGGAUGCCAAAGAAGUUUCAGGGUGAAAACUCAAAGGCAGCCACAGCCAGAGCCCGGAAGGCUGAGGCCAUGGCUGUGGCAGAUGCCCGCAAGAAGAAGGAAGAAGAGGAUAAGCUUUGGCAAGAAACUGACAAACACGUACUUAAAAAAGAGCAGAGAAAGGAUGGCAAAGAAAAGAAGAGGCUGGAACUCCUUGAGCGGAAAAAGGAAAACCAGCGACUUCUGGAUGAGGAAACUUCCCAGAUAAAAGGCAAACUUCAGAAGGAGUCUGGACCUGGUGGAAAAAUAACUCGUGCCCAAAUUGAGCAGAUGAUCCAGAAUGAGCAGGAACAGGAACAGCAAAUCCAAGAGAAAGAGAAAAGCCACUUGGAGAUUCCAUUGGAGGAGAACAUUAAUAGAGUCAUAGCUGAUGAAGGAGCCGUGGAAGCCAGAACAAUAGAGGAUGCCAUCGCUGUGCUCAGCACGGGGCCAGAGGAGGAGGAUCGCCACCCAGAGCGUAGGAUGAAAGCAGCAUUUGCUGCCUAUGAGGAAACCAACAUGCCCCGUCUAAAACAGGAGAACCCGAACAUGAGGCUGUCACAGCUGAAGCAACAACUGAAGAAGGAGUGGAAUAAAGCUCCAGAAAACCCACUGAAUCAGCGAUUUUCUUCCUACAACUCAAAGUGAAAUUGCUCUUUUUGACAUGAUUCAUCUUGGAAACUACUGGGGCACAUUAGAGACUUUUAUCGGAACAAGUAAUCAUUUCAGUCAAAAAUGUGUUCUGCUGAUGAGUUUCGCCUCUAAGCAUUCAUGCAUACAUACCUGUGCCAGAAGAAUCGACUCUGUUCUACCAUUUACUAGCAAAAAAAGCAAAUUUAUCAAGUCAAUAAUCAUAAUCAAGUUCCUGCAUAGACUCUAAUGAGACAUGUCACUAUACAAUUAAUUAAAUUACAUCUUUUUUUUUUCCCCAGCUCUUCUGGAAAAAUGA